AAACAAAAGCUCAAGAAGGUAUAAAAACCCACCACUCCCUACUACAGUGGUGACGAACCUAUGGCACGUGUGCCACAGGCGGCACGCAGAGCCGUCCCUGGGGGCACACAUACCAUUUCUGGGCUCUUCCCCCUCCCCAUCCAUGCAUGUGCAGUCCGGGAACAGCUGUAAGAGCUGGGCAGCGUGAGGGAACAUAUAAAAGGAACAGUUUUGGUGGGAGAGUGAGUGAAAUCAGAGCCACCAUUUCCCUUCCGCAGUGCAGCCCCAUUGGCGUGAGUGGAGAUGGCCCCAGGACAGCCAGAAAGGAGCCCUCACCUGGUGCGUGUCCUAUCUACAGGGUGGCUCUGAUGGGGGCGGUGGCUGCUGCUCUGAGCCCCUUGACUGGCCAACCACACACAGAAACAGGAGGCGGUGGCGUGAUCCCUGCAUCGCCAAGCCUGGCCGGCCGCUGAUCUGAAAGCAAAACUGCCGACCAUCUUGCACUGGUGGGGGCACUGGCGGGGGAAGGUGAGCUGUGGCAAACACCCUCCCCGCCUGGAGGCGUACACGGGACAAUGUGUGGCAGCAGCAGCAAAGGGUGCCCGCAUGCCAGAUCCUGCCUUCCGCCGCCGCCGCCAGCACGAAGAUGGUCAGCAGAGCUUCACUUCCAGAUCCACUGCCUGACACUAUCAGCCCCCACAUACAGAAGCCAGCAAGCACAUGGGGGCUGGCUGUCCUGCAUAAUGGUGGACUGGCCACCGAGCCCCAUCGACACAGGUGGAAAUCACUCUGGGAUAGCCAGAAGAAAGCCUUUGCCUGGUCUGGGUGCAUCAUUAAACCUCCAGUCACCAACAACUUAACAAAUUCAAAUUCCACAUAGACUAUAAAUAGUGCAAGGUGAUCCAUAUUUCUGAACCCUUGCUCUGAGGAAGCCUUGCCAGAAGGAUGCUUGCAAAACAUAGAUAAUAAGUUUUACUUUUGUUAUAGAUUCAACAAGAAACCAUUUCAGGUGCCUUUGAAAUGGCCAAAUCAUAGGGCUCAUACUGAGCCAUUAAAACACAGUUAAAUUGAAAAUUAUGUCACUAUGCAUUAGGAUAGUUUGAAGUCUGGAGAAAUCCAUAAAACAAUCAUUAUAUAAUAAAUGGUUUAAAGACAUAAGCCUGACUUUCAGACAAACUUUCCAAUAAAAUACUAUCUAUUUUCAGAGUAAUUUUCAAAAUAAUUAUAUAUUCAUGAGUCCCAUUAACAAAAAAUCUAUGCAACUAAAAAUGUACAAUGAACAUGAUUGAUGUUAUUCCAAGAAAUCCAAUCAGGUAUGUGACAAUCCCCUUUGAUUUGGUACUUUCCUGACAUAUAAUUAUGUUAUUUCCCAAGUAUUGCAACUAACAUCCUGUUUAAUCAGCUAAUAGGAUGUUGAAACCACAUGCCCUUUUCAUUGUUCAACACAGAAUCGAAAGUGACUAUAGAGAUCAGAGAAUCAUGGAAGCUCAUUCUUCUUAUUACGGUAACAUAAUGGAUGUAGAUACCACUGGAGCUUCUCUUGAAACUGGAAAACAAGAAGGCUUGGAUUUUGGGGGGGUUGAAGCUUCAAAAAUAAUUGCAAGGAGAGAUCUAAACAAUUUAGAGAAAUAUAAAAUGAAGAUUAAGCGUGUCAGUGAAAAAACAAAUAUUGAUGCUGCUGUGAUUGCUGCUAUUAUGUCUCGAGAAUCACAUGCUGGAACUAUCCUAGAAGAUGGUUGGGGUGACCAUGGAAAUGGAUUUGGAUUAAUGCAGGUGGAUAGAAGAUAUCAUAAACUAGUUGGCACCUGGGACAGUGAGGAACACAUUAAUCAGGCUACUCUCAUUCUCUGUAGCAUGAUAGACGAGAUUAAAAAAAAAAUUCCAUUAUGGACAAACGAACAGCAGCUCAAAGGUGGAAUUUCAGCAUACAAUGCAGGACUUAAAAAUGUCCAAAGCUAUGAGCGAAUGGACAUAGGCACUACAAAGAAUGACUAUGCCAAUGACGUUGUUGCAAGAGCCAAGUUUUACAAAACAAAUGGAUAUUAAAAAUCUAGAACAAAGAUGCUGACAUUUCAUCCUUAUCCCAAUUUUUAUGUAAAAUUAGCAAUAUCUAUUUGCUAAAUUCUACAAAAAUAAAGUUGUGCCAACUUCUGCGGAAAAUAAAGCAAUAUUGCUAUUUUAUGGUUGCAAUCACAUUUCAUACAAACAGGUUUUUAUUCCCAUUAUGAGACUUUCUUUUUUCCCACUCUUUGUUCCACCACACUAUUAUAUCCUUUUAACUUUAGUCUAUGGAGGAAAACCAACAGGACUCAUCUACACUACAGCAUUUAGUGUAAGUAAGGUGAUUCAUCCUUAGUGGUGAACUGGGGAAAGAUGUGAAAAUAUUUUCAAUCACCCAGUUAGAACAGCAUAAAACUGCACAAUGAAUGUAUAAAAGAAUGUGACAACCAAUGGAAUAAGCCAAAGGCUCCAAAGAAAAACACUUAUGUCAUCUGGGGAGGCCUACUUGUGCAUAGGAUUUUAUAUUCUCACAGGCUCUAAGCCAAGCUGGGAAAACUGAAAGGCCUAGUUUUGAAGGAUUGGGCAUUAACCGAAAUCCAGGGGAAUACUGCUUUUUGUAGACAGUCAAAAUGGACUUCUCCAUAGAGUCACUAUUAGCUAUAAGCUAGCUGCAACUUGUCUAAUGUUGCUCCCCCUUUUGGAGUCCAACUAAAUUACAUGUACAAAGUGGCCUGAAUUCCGUGAACUCAUAACAUUACACUGGGAAUAUAAUGAAAGUUCCUGAAAUUAAGUUAGCAUCACAAACAUACUAUAAGCUUGUUGAAGAGAAUUGCUCAGAUCAUCUUGGGUUGAAAAAAAAAAUCAGGCAGAAAUCCAAAGCAAAUGUUUUAGUAAUGGGUAAUUUCCAUUAUCUACAUAGACUGGGUAAAUGUAUAUUCAACACAUAACAGUUUUCCCUGAUGUGAUCAAUCAAUCAUUAUUGAUUGAUUCAUAGAAGUAACACAUGAGGGGACAAAAAAAUUAAUUCAAAGUAGUACAUUAGAUCUAGUAAGAGACUUAAAAUUUGACUAAUGAAUUAGAAAUAUGCUACAUUAUUUCUGGACUACUUCGUUAUGUAUGUACUGUGAAACAAGUGCAGAUCUGAAAAUAUGUGCAAUCAGCUUCUAAAUAGAUCUUCAUUCAUGCUUUAAUUUUAACACUUUAAAAGCUGUUAAGUAUGGAUUUCCUGGCAGAGAAACAGUAUAUAAAGUGUCCAGGAAGCAAUCAUAUUCAUAUUUCCCAUAAAACAAAAAAGUCUAUGAAAUUAUAUUAAUUUAAAAAAAGGUAAUAUGAAUGUCAGGAGAAUCAGAUCUCUUUAAACAUAUGAGGAUUUUCCAAACAAAACAGUUCAGCUGAAAUGCUGACGAACCAGAAAUGACAUAAGUAAAAUUUGGUACAUGCCAGGAUACAAGAUCACCAUUCAUAUACAGUAUUUAAGAUGACUUCUUUCUGAAAAUGGAAAAGUUCCCCAAAUGAAAGGGGGAAAACAAUAUAAAUACUUGCAAGUGAAUUUCUCACAUAAAACAAGAUAUAGAAAUACAUCUGCCUGAACUCCAGUAGGAGCAAAUCUGGCUGCAGGCUGCCUCCUGAGAGUCAGUUACAAAAGGAAGAUCCUCAAACAAUCAAAAUAGAAAUAC